AUGAUGAGGAGAACUGAGUUCGUGUCGUCCUCCGACGUAGCAGUAUCGGCUCCGCCGUCUCUGAAGACGACGACGGUGACAGAAAAAACAAUGAUUUCCGGUACUCCACCGCCUAGGGAAGUACUCGUUCUUAUUGAUAAUCGAUUCUUGGAUCCGGAGUCCGUGGCGAUUGCUUCUUGUGUGUCGAAGACUUGGUGUGAAGUAUUCUCAACAGAGAUCUUAUGGAGGAACAUGCUACAGGAAUACCAUCCUAAUUUAUUGGUGUUUGUGAAUGAGAGUGCCACCAGCAAACGGAUAUUGUCGGCCAAGCAAGAAGACGUCAAAUGCCGUACGGGACAACCGGAGAAGAUCUUUCUCUCAUUCUCGGAUCUCAAAUUCUUCGUCAGUCUUACGAGAGAAUCAUACAACAUGACCAUCGAGAAGUGUGGAAAAGAUCUCUCCUUUGGUGUUGAUAAUCCGUUUGAGUUGGAGUUCAGAUUGAGCGACCCGAACUUCCACGACAAGAUGAAGAAGAUGAGAGUUCUAUGGUAUGUCGUGUACAAAGACUGGGAGGCUCUCUUCACUGUGAUAGAUACGGAAGAAGAUCUUGGGUGGUUCUCUUUUGAGCUUCCGUCGCUAGAUCGUUUUCAAACCGGCAAGGUGGGUUACGUGAAGACCUAUUUCAAGAAUCAUCUUCUUGAGAAGAUGACUUUCUCAAUGGCAAACAAACACCCAAGCUGGAAAGUUCUUACUGGUGAUGAUGCCCUACGUUACUUUCAACGUUGCUCGAAAGUGAAACCAUACAAGGUUCGAAACUCUUCUUGA